CGACGGUCUCACUUUUACCUUGUUACUGGAGGCGGACGCACGUCGUUCUUCUUCUUCUGCGGGAAGGUAGUAGUAGUGCUGGUGGUGGUGCCCCAUCGUUCGUUCGACUACAAACUGAUAGAUAUAUAGACUCGCUCCCUCACUCACUCGCUGGCUAUAAUAGCUCGCUCACUCGCUGGAACGCGCAGGAUAAAAACCCACUCGGAGGCGGUCGCUGAGGAAGUCUCGAUCGAACUCGCUCGAAAUGAGUCUACUAAAGGUGCUAUUCUCAGUAGCAGUGGUCCUGCUGGCCACCAGCUGGUGUGACCUGACGAUUGGUCAGGUCAACGCCAGAGGAGGGGUCGUCAUCUCACAUUCCUCAGACGACCAAGAGCACUUUCAAUUUGGGGAGCCAGGCAAGGCGGUGUUUGGGGCGUACAGCUGGCGAGGACCCGAUGGAAAACAGUACAUCUUCAGAUACGUGGCCGAUUCUGCAGGCUUCAGGAUCAGAGGACCCGAGAUUCCUGUCAACUCUCAAGGUGUCGCAGCUAAUGGCGAACAGGUUAACCCGGAGACGCCAGCGGAUGGCUACAAAUUGUCGUGAUUGUUAAAUGAGACAGAGAGAACCACGGGGUGGGAAAUACCUUGAACCAAAAAGUGCAAAUGUUUUCGUUUCACCUUUUCUGUCAUAUUAUUACGUAUAUGUGUGCUCA